CAGCGGCCUUCGUAAUGGCGAUAGACGUGGACCGGCUGAACAUGAUGAGUGCCGAUGAGGCGCGGGAGGCCUUCCUGCAGUGCUGCCACUCAUCGCGAUGGGCCAUCAGGAUGGAAACACUCAGGCCAUUCGCGUAAGCAACGGAACGCACCACACCAGACAUAACACAUCACCGCUCACUGCCGCACCGCACCCCUGCGUGUGUAUCUGUGCACUCUGUGUGUGUGUCCGAGCUUUCUUCUCAGUUCGCUGGAUGAGCUGGAGGCGGCAGCAGACCGCAUCUGGGACAAUCUGUCAGAGCCAGACUGGCUGGAGGCCUUCAGAGGCCACCCAAAGAUAGGCGACGUGGACCAGCUCCGGCAGAAAUUCGCCGCAACCGCCGCCAUGUGCGAGAACGAGCAGGCCGGGGCGAGAUCUGCCUCUGAGGCCGUGUUGCGGCGACUAAAGGAGGGCAACGAUCAGUACCAGGGUCAGAACGGGUUCAUCUUCAUCGUCUGUGCGACGGGCAAGUCGGCGGGCGAGAUGCUGGCUUUGCUGGAGGAGCGGCUCAAGAACAACCGGCGGGUGGAGUUGGCGAAUGCCUGUGCGGAGCAGGCCAAGAUCACCAAGCUGCGGCUGAGGAAAGUGUGCACCAAGGCCAGCCUGUGAUUAUGGUUUUGUGUGUGUCGUGUGGGGGGGGUCGUCUCGUGGACGUGACGUUGUUGUGUGACGUGUGAUGUGUUGGCUUUAUCCGAGAUGAGCAUGGUAGGGUGGUUGGAUACAUAAUGGAGGGAGCUGUUACGAGAGUGUCAUUGUUCUGUGAUUGUCACUACAAAGGGGGUGGGGGGCUUACGUGCAGUUGGCUUACUGACUCACCGGUGGGUGACCCAUCGAGUUGCGGUCAACCAAGUGCAUCCAUCACGAUGGUAUGUAUUGAUU